AUGGCAACAGAAGCUCAUUCGAAGAACGUCGCCUUAAUGGCGUUCCUCCUUUUGUGUCUGACCAGUCCGGAUGUAAUGGGAUCACGAGAACGAAAAUUAUCAGCAACCAUUUCAGAGGGCACUUUACCUCCUGAUGCAUCUUUUAGGGAUGCAAUUCCUUCAAAGGAAUCCAAAAUCAUUGGUGGUUCUCAAAUUUCAAUUAAUGAUGCCAAAUAUCAGGUUUCCCUGCGUUUGGUGGCAAAUGAAAAUGCUCGCGGUUUUGGCUACGGGCACAUCUGUGGCGGUUCGAUUAUAUCACAAAGAGUUAUACUGACAGCUGCCCAUUGCUUGAUAAACUACAACACCGAUCCCGAAACUGAACGUAGAGCUGGAGAAUUUAAAGUUGUUGUGGGCUCCACACAAUUAUAUGUCAAAGAACCUAAUGUCCUGGAAUAUUAUGUUCAGGAGAUGGUUAAGCAUGCCGGUUUUGAUCCGAUAAGUAUGAUCAAUGAUAUCGCAUUGGUAAUGAUCAAUGGUUAUAUACCAUGGAAUUGGCCAACGGCAAGGGCAAUACAUUUAAAUGAUAUCGAAUUGAAUAUGGGUGCACCGUGUAAUGUCAGUGGUUGGGGUAAAACUGAGAGGGGCCUUAUACCCAAUAAUUUGAUGUCGACGGUAGUUCGAAGCAUAUCCUACAAUGAUUGCGAGGCUUCCUAUGGUCAUAUACCACUGAGCAUGAUUUGUGCUGGUGAUUAUUAUGUGGGAGGUGUUGAUGCCUGUCAGGGUGAUUCUGGUGGGCCCAUGGUCUGUGCCAAUAGUCAAGUUGGUAUUGUGUCAUGGGGUAUUGGUUGCGGUCAAGCUCUCAAACCUGUGUGCGCCCCGCCAUCGAAUAUCUUCGGAAUUGGUAGGCUACAAGAUCCCCGUAUUAUCAAUGGAACCGAGGCCACCUUGGCAAAUACAAAACAUCAAGUUUCAAUUAGACGUCGUAUUAAUGAUGACUACUACUUUGGUAUGGGUCACAUUUGUGGUGGUUCCUUGAUUUCCGAAAAUGUUGUCCUGUGUGCCGGACAUUGUUUCACAGAUCAAGAAGCCUUCGAUGGUAGCUAUUUGCCUGAUGAUGAGUUCUUUGUGACCAUGGGAAAUUUGGAUCGGUUUGAACAGAACAACAACACUUUAAAGUUCGAUAUUAAAAAAAUCGAAAAACACAGACCAGUAUUUAACUUCUCCACGUACGAAGAUGAUAUUGUUGUGAUCAUAUUGAAUGGCACAGUUCCCGCUGACCAUCCCACGGUGCAACCAAUUGUACUCAACGAUGGAGAAUUGAAAAAUGGUACUGUGUGUCAAGUUACUGGCUGGGGUAUAACCGAAGAGGGCUACAAUUCCGAUGUCUUAAUGACUGUCGAUGUCCCAUAUAUUCCACCAAAUGUAUGCCGCAAAGAAUCGGCCUAUUUGGAUUUGAUUAGACCCGGUAUGAUGUGUGCUGGUUAUUUAGAAGGUGAACGUGAUGCCUGUCAGGGUGAUUCUGGUGGUCCAUUGGUUUGUAAUAAUCGUCAGGCUGGUAUUACAUCUUGGGGUAGCGGAUGUGCUCUACCAUUGAAGCCUGGUGUCUAUACCGAUGUUGCCUUCUAUAAGGAUUGGAUUUUACAAAAGAUAGCAGAAAAUAAUGGCACAUUGCCAAAAUUCGCCGUAUGUGCCCCGCCAUCGGAUAUCUUCGGAAUUGGUAGGCCACAAGAUCCCCGUAUUAUCAAUGGAACUGUGGCCACCUUGGCAAAUACAAAACAUCAAGUUUCUAUUAGACGUCGUCUAAAUGAUGGUUACUUCUUUGGUACCGGACAUAUUUGUGGUGGUUCUUUGAUUUCCGAAAAUGUGGUGCUGUGUGCCGGACAUUGUUUCACAGA